AUGCAAGUGCUGGACCGCACCGGCGUCAGACGGUUGCGGUUACGCUUCCGCGUUCGCCGCGUGCGUGUGCUACCUUACCUGCAGCACCAGUCUUGCCCACCCGUUACCCCACAUCUGCUGCCUUAG